AUGGCCGUGGAGGCUGUGUCCGGAAAUGGCUCCGAGGCGGUUGCGCCGGCGCCGGCGAAGGAGGUGAGCGCCAAGGAGGCGGUUGCGGUGCCCAAGAACGCGUCGUUCAGGGAGGAGAGCAACUUCCUGGACGAUCUCAAGGAGAGCGAGCGUAAGGCGCUCGCCGAGCUCCGCGACAAGGUCGAGGCGGCCAUCAUGGAGGGCAAGCUGUUCGACGACGGCAAGCCGGAGGCGAAGGAGAAGGGGGAGGCCAAGAAGAAGGCUGAGAAGGCCGUGGAGAAGAAAGAGGAGGAGCCCGAAGCCGAGGAGAAGGGAGAGGAGGACGGCAAGAAGGAGGCCGACGCCGAGGAGGAGAAGAAGGAAAGCGAUGAGGAAGGGGAGAAGAAGAAGGCCGAGGAAGAGAGUGGAGAAGACACCAAGGAGGAGGCCAAGAAAGAGGAAGCAGGCGAGAAGGCGGCGGCGAAGGAGGAGGAGGAGGAGAAGCCGGCGGAGACCGCGGCCGUCGUCGUCGUCGACAAGGACAUCGCGCUGUGGGGCGUGCCUCUGCUCCCGAGCAAGGGCGACGAGGCCACGGACGUGGUGCUCCUCAAGUUCCUCCGCGCGCGCGACUUCAAGGCCGGCGCCGCGUUCGAGAUGCUGCUCCGCACGCUCCGCUGGCGCAGGGACUGGACCGGCUUCAGCGGCGACGCCGAUGACGCCGACCUCCCCGAGGAACUCGCGGGCGCGUGCUACCUGGACGGCGCGGACCGCGAGGGCCACCCGGUGUGCUACAACGCGCUGGGCGUGUUCGCGGACGACGCCGUGUACAAGAAGGCGCUGGGCACCGAGGAAGGCAAGGCCAGGUUCCUCCGGUGGCGGGUGCGCGCCAUGGAGCGCCACGUCGCCAAGCUGGACCUGAGGCCCGGCGGGGCCACGUCGCUGCUGCAGGUGACCGACCUCAAGAACUCGCCGGGCCCGGCCAAGAAGGACCUCCGCGUCGCCGUCAAGCAGGUGCUCGACCUGUUCCAGGACAACUACCCCGAGCUCGUCGCAAGAAACAUCUUGAUCAAUGUGCCGUUCUGGUACUACGCGUUCAGCACCCUGUUCUACCCGUUCCUGACGCAGAGGACCAAGAGCAAGUUCGUCGUUGCUCGCCCGUCCAAGGUCACCGAGACCCUCCUCAAGUACAUUCCGAUUGAGGCCAUCCCGGUGAAGUACGGCGGCCUGAAGCGCGACGGCGACACCGAGUUCUCCGCGGACGACGGCGAGGUCACGGAGAUCACCGUCAAGGGAAGCUCUACGCAGACCAUCGAGAUCGAAGCCACUGAGGGUGACGCCACGCUGACAUGGGACCUGACGGUGCUGGGGUGGGAGGUGAACUACAAGGAGGAGUUCGUGCCGGCGGACGAGGGCUCCUACACCAUCAUCAUCAGGAAGGGCAAGAAGAUGGGGUCCGGCGAGGAGGCUGUCCGCAACUCGUUCCGCGCCGGCGAGCCGGGCAAGGUGGUGCUCACCGUCGAGAACACCUCGCACAGGAAGAAGAAGGUGCUGUUCAGGCACAAGGCCAAGAGCGCCUGCGCCAAGAAGUGCUGA